AUGUCCGAUCUUCCACGGGAUGUGUUAGAGGAGGUGCUCUCUAGGGUUCCGCUGAAAUCUCUGAGAUCAGUGCGAUCUACCUGCAAAAAGUGGAAUACUUUAAUGAAAGACGAGACCUUUAGAAAGAAACACAUCGCUGAUCAAGAAAAAUCGGCAGCGGAGAAGGAUGAGUUCCUGGCGAUCAUGGUUAUGGAUUUUAGGGUUUAUCUAACGAGCGUCAGUCUUGACAAUUUCGAUACUUCCAUAAACCAACUAGCUAAACUCAUCAGCCUAAACGAUGCAAAUCAUCAAGUCGAUAUAUCUAGAGUCUUUCACUGCGACGGUUUAUUGCUAUGCGUCACCGAAGACAUGGACUCGAGGCUUGUGGUUUGGGACCCUUAUAGUGGUCAAACAAGGUGGAUCGAACAGCCCAGAAGUUCUUCGUACUGCUUUUAUGACAGGUAUGCUCUCGGGUACGAGAUGGAGAAGAAGAAGAACGGCUCGCUUCGUCGCCACAAAAUCUUGAGAUUGUUGGAUGUAUACGAUACGAGUAGAGUUGGAGUCCCGAUCCGUGAGUGUGAAAUAUACAGUUUAAAGUCUAGUUCAUGGAAGGUUCUUCGUGAGACUCCCACCUGCUAUAUACACUUCAAUCAACGCGGCGUAUCUCUCAAGGGCAACACUUACUGGUGUGGUGAGCUCGAACCAGCAGAUAUACUACAUUGGCGUAGUUUCUUGGUCUGUUUUGAUUUCACAACAGAGAGAUUUGGACCGCAUAUGAAUCUGCCUUUUCACGCUACUUAUGACGAUACUUUGGCUUUCUCUAGAGUUAGAGAAGAGCAGCUUGCGGUGUUACUACAACGGAGGGGGACAUUGAGGGUGGAGAUUUGGGUAACCACUAAGAUUGAGCCUAAAGACGUGUCUUGGAGCAAGUUGUUCUUAGAGGUGGACACCAUGGGACCUCUAAGUAACGCUGUGAGUUUCUUCAUUGACCAGAAGAAAGAAGUUGCGGUGGCUUUUGAUAAAAACAAUUUUUUGCCUAUCUCUAUCAACGUAGCUUACAUCAUGGGAAAUAAUGGAUACCACAAAAAAUUGGAUCUUGGCGAAUCUAGAGAAGAUAACUGUUGGCCACUUGCUUGCUGUUAUGUACCGAGCUCAGUGCAAAUGGAGCAACCUGCACGGCGAAGCAAAAGGAAGAGGAACCAGAUUGUUUAUUAAACCAGUCCCAUUAAC